AUGGCAGGUACGCGGCUACAGAUCGUAAGUGCGUUCGUGUUGUUUACGCUCCUGGCAGCUCCUGUGGCAUGGUAUUUAACCAAAGUAGAGCGUAUGGACCUUCCGAUGUCACGUAUUCAUCAAUUAUCGUGGCAGAAGUCCCGCUUUGGUGGUCCAGACAAGUUCCAGGUGGAUAUCUACAGGCUUAGCUCAAGUCUGGCAGCAUUACCGUCUUUUCUGCCUUCUAGGGCCUUGAAUAUUGUAUAUGUAAUGCAUGAGAUGGAACUGACUGCUGAUGACAAGGAAAUGAUGCAGCAAUCAGUCAAGUUGGGUCAGCAGGCUACGGACGACGCCCUCAAGACGCUGGUGCGGACGAUGCCGAAGCAUUUUAGCGUUUUCUUGCUUUGUGGCGACAAGGAAAGCAAUGCUGGUCCAUUGUUGACGGUUGGAAAGUAUCGCCAUGCUUGGUCAUGGAAGUGCCAAGUGACUGCUGGAGAUGCAAUGCACUCUGCUAUUGAGAAGCUUAUACAGAGCCAUGUGUAUCCUCCACAGUUUGAAAAGAGUGUCAAGCAAGAUAUGAAGACAAAGAUUGCGCGUAGAUCACUGCACUAUCGUCUGAAGUUUUCAUUGUUAAAGGAAAAUCCUGUUACAUUGUGGAAAGAGGAUCUACAGACGUUGGUGGACCAGUAUUUGGGCAGAUUUGUGCAGAAAAUUGGAGCUGUCGCUAAUUUUACAGUGGAGACGCAGGUUGUGCAGUAUGCAAGACUGGCGAAGGAGAUUACACCGAGUGUUGACGGAAAGGAGUUUUACAUUAAUGCUGAAGAUCUUAAACAUUUUAAAAGCGUAAACGAUUUUUUGGACGCAUCGGUGCUGGAUGAUGGAGAGCAGGUGCUGCACUUUAUGGCUGCACUUCCAGAUGUUAUACACGCUCCGUUGUAUAUUCGUUCUGCUGGUAGAAAUCAAGGCCGCAAUGACCUAGCGACGUCAUUCGAGCUGCCAGGGUGGGGCAUUGCUGUCAUUGUAAACCCCCACGCGCUGAAUGAGCGAGCAGUUCUCGAUGACAAAGCUGCGUCUGCUUCAGGCCGCAGGGCACGUGAGCUUCAACGAGUGAUGGGACUUUUUGUCUCGGAGUUUCGCACACUACUUGGCAUUCCGUCUUUCUCGCAUCGGCAAAAAGAGGAGCUCAUGGCAAGUGUCGAUUCAUCCAGACAUGAACUUUUGUUUUUGCCUUCGCCAGCCGAUGGUAUAGCUGAUUGGGAAUUGGAUGUUGUCAUGCGAGAGCGUUUCACUAAGCUCAUGCAGUCGGCCAUUGAGACGCUGCAGUCAACUGUGAAACUUGUGGAAGCGCUACCACAACUGAGUGUUCUUGGACGAGUGCAAGCUCGAGUGGAGAGUGCUGUCACGAAACUCGAGGCCAUCCUGUUUGACAAGUGUCAAGAAGAGCAGCAAAACUGUGUGGACAUGUCAGACCUUGGUCAUCUACUGGCUAUGGCUCGCCAAGCAUCCGAGUUGACAGAUGCUGCGUAUUACGACCAUACAAUGAUCCGUCAGCUCUAUUUCCCUCAAGAACAAAUGCUGGGCGUAUAUGCACCACUGCUUGCUCCUCUCUUGCUACCUUUUGUCUUGGGAUUCAUACGUGAAGUUAAACGGUAUAAGGCGAAACGCAUUGCGCAAAAGGUCAAAGUACCGUGA